AUGAUCAGACACUGCAGCGCCCGCUUCGCUCAAGCAUGGCUGCAGGAGAGCCGCGGAGAAGCUCUGCUCUACUUUUGCCAGCAGGAUGGAGCCCUUGAAGCCCUCAAGCGUCUCACCACAGCGGAGUCCACCUCGCUCCAUGCGGUUUGCGCAUGGUUGCUUUGGCACGGAUUGCGCUGCGGCGGGGUGAUUACAGCUCUGGCUGGAGUACAAGGAGCCUCUUCCACUCGGGGCUUGGCGCUGCUUGGGCGCCUCCUCCAGUCCGUGGACCUGGGUGCUCGGGUCCUUGCUUCCUUGUGCAUCGGUGCCAUCGUGCGCUACGAGGGUGCCCUGGAUGCCGACACUCGGGAUUUUUGUCUUCGGGCGUUAGCCGUUCUCCCCUCGGAGCUGGAUGCUGCUGAGGAAGCAGCCCUUGCUGCUGCAGCCAGGGAUGACUUGCAAAAAGGCUCCCUCAGAGACCUCGCGAAGCCUCAGUCCUUGGCGAGCCUUCCCGCCUCCGAGCCAGAACCGUUUCGAAAGGAAUCAGAGGCCGCGUCGCAUUCUUCCUUUGAAUCGCGUUUGCGGCGCGGCAGCAAGACCAAGGCAGAUGACAAGAAUGAGUUUUCGGUCAGCGACUCUGCGGCCGACUCGAAGUCUGCGGUCUCGAAGCUUCCAGUUCCACAGCGAGAUCCAGCCUUGGUGAAGCUGCUGGGCGAGAUCUGUUCCAGCAAGGAGCUAUCGCGGAUGCAGAUGUUGCUUGGUCCUUGCCAGGCAAAGGACGAUUACGGUGGUGUGGACACGGUGACUGCUUGUAUGGUCGCCAUCCUCGACCAUUUCGUACAGCAGUGUACAGACAAGGAUUCCGCGAGAAUCCACGACCUUCUUCCUUUGAUGCCGCAGCUGCAGAAGCUUGUGGAGGGCGACGAGGAUGGGCAGAUGGUCGAAGGCGGCGUGGGAGGCGCAGCCGCCGGUGAGCCACCUCCACAGCAGGUCACUCGGGAGGAGGUGCGUGUUCGGGCAUCUCGCGUGCUCCUACGCCUGGCAAAGGAGGCCAACCACGAGGCCACUCGAGAGCCGCCACAGUUGGAAGCUUUCGGCCCACGUGCUCAUAUCCUCGAGGUGCUGAUGCGACACUCUGAAGCUUGCCAGGUGGGUGCCAGCGGUCAUGUGUCGCAGACGCAGGAACACUGUCAAGCACAGGGCGAUCACAUCGCUGCUGGUGGCUUGGCCGAGGACUGCUGCUCGGAAGGACCCGGGGCUGAGGAAGCUGUUUGUUCUUUGUUUGCGCCAGCUUCACAUUUCGUAAGAGUCCCUGACAUCAAAGCCUGGCAGAGAUACAGCUUCGUGCUAUGUGAAAGAGCGUGCAGCUGCAAGCAUGUGCACGCCUUUCUGCGCUGUGCAGAGCGCACUGCCCUGCACUGUCAGAUGGGCGGCCUUCGGAACGGCCUGGAGGAAUGGAGAGCUGUGCAGGGGGACCGCAGCUGCCCAAGAUUGCUCCAGCUGAGCGACGGGGUGCAAAGUUGCAUGGCCGCGCAUGGAAUCUUCCAAAGACAGUUUGGAGAGGACAGCCUCACGGCUACUGAGAUUGAUGUCAGCUCCAAUGAGGACGAGCCGUCGCGGAGAAGCCCAUGUUUGCUUCCAUUGCCAGGCAUAGCUGUGCCUCCAGUCUUGGAUGCACCGGUUCCACGGCUCCCUUCCUCGCCACGUGAAUCUGGGACCAGCUUCAGCUCAGCAGCUUUAUUCACAGAAGUUGCGGAUCUAACUUCAGCUGAGUCGCCUUCUGGAAACCCACAGAGAUUGCCGCCGAAGGACGAAGAAGAUCUCCCUUUGAGCGUGAUUUUUGCAGCUGGCCUUCCUUCCACGCCUCGGCUCAGCAAAGCGGGUGAUGGAAGCGACAGCAGCGACGUCGUGGAAAUACCGAUCCCGCAAGGGUCGACUCCCAAAGUCAAGCGGGGAUGCCAUUUGAUUUCCUCGCCGGAGACAACACCCAGAAAGGCCAGGCCACGACUGGCAUCGCCCGAUCACGGAACACCCCGGACGGCAACACCCAAGAAACCUACGCCGAAGAAGGCGACGCCAGACAGAGCGCCACCCAAGAAAGCGACACCGGAGAAGGCGACGCCCAAGAAGUCGACGCCGGAGAAGGCGGCGCCGCCCAAGAAGCCGGCGCCAGAGAGGGCAUCGCUGACUGGGGGAAGAUCGCCUAAACCUCCGGCAGAGCCCGAGGCUAAGGCUCAGAAACGGAAGACCUUGGCCCAGCGCCUGCAGGACAGGCAAAAGACCGCCAGGCAGGCCAAAGCCAAAGCCAAGGCCAAGGUCUCCAAAGCCGAGGCCUACAAGGCGAAGGUUGAGAGGACCGAGCAGCUUCUGGCAGACACGAUCCGUGGAGACCGGAAGUUCUAUGAGAAGUUACUGUGUUUCGAAGUCAUGGAGAUAGAGGAGCUCGCAAAAAAGAUUCGCUCAGCGAAUGAGGGGCUGCGUUCUCUCGGCCGGAAGCGCAUACGGGACUUCCUGGAGGCCCAGGGCUUCGUGGUCACACAGCAGAAGAAGCUUCCAAGGGAGGGCAUGGUGGUCAGCCUUGACCAGCGGCGAGUCAAGUACGGCAUCUUGGGUCAGGACGUCCAGGAGCUCUGCCGGAGUCUGCAUGCCAUGGCUGGAGACACAACAAGGAGCACGGAGGUCCAUGCAGAGCUUUCCCACUGCGAGGAGCUGGAAAGGCAAAGCGUCGGCGAGGUGGAGCAGCUGUCAGCGAAGCUUCGCGAGGCGCAGGCCUGGAACCAGAGCUCCGCCACAAAGGUCAAGGAGGCAGAAAAAAAUGCAGCCGAGCUCAGCUCCAAAGAGGCAGAGCUGGCGGAUUUCUGCAACCAGGUCCCUGCAAAACUACAGCAGCACCAGUCGCGCCUCGUUGACGUGGCGACCCAGCGUGCGGACGCAGCAGCGCGCCGCUCCGCACUGGGUCUCGAGGCGGACCGCUGCGAGCGCAGAAUAGCUGCCCUCCGCAGCGCUGCUGCCGAAGCGGCUACGGCUCUGCGGGCACUAGAAGACGUCAGCCAGGAGCUGGAGGUGCUGAAGUCCUCCCUGAACUCUGAGCUUGUCAUGAGUGCCGGCGAGGUGGAGAAGCUGCGGAGCCUCGGGGCGCGGCUGGUGCCCGCCAAGCCGGGCAGGAUGAGGCGCUCAGCAAGCAAUGCCAGCGAGGAGGAAUCUGACGCUGUGAUGGCUCCGUCCAGCUUCCGCGAGGCCAUCGCGCCGGAUGCAGAAACUCCGACUUGGGAUUCCGCAGCCGAAGAGGAGUUUCGGGAAAACGAGAACUUCCGCUCCUUCAAGAAGCUGCGCGAUGAGAAGGAGAGGCUCUGGCAAAGAGAGAAGAGGUGGCUGCAGGAGUGCCUAGACCAUGCCGAGACGGCCGCCUCGAAGUUGGACCAGCAGCGACGAGAGGCGCAAAGCCUUGAGCACCAAUCAGCUACCGAGGAGGGCGACCUUCAGAAGGAGAUCGCAAUCCUCGAGGAUGUGGAGGGCCAUGCACAGCGGCAUCUGGAUGCUCGGGCAGCAGCUGAUGCGGCACGGGCCUCCCAGCGCGAGCUGGCGACCAUCGCUGCGGAGGCAGCAGCAGCUGAGUGGGCAGCCAAAGCGCAGCUUGAGAAGGCCCAGGCCAACGCAGCCCAGGCUUGGCCCGGAGACCUCCUGAAAGUCGUCGGUGCAGAUGCAGCACUUGGCUGUUGGCAGCCAGAGCGCAGCUUCGCGCAGCUGCAAACCACUGCAGCGCUGUUUCCACUUUGGCAGGUACCACUGCCAGUGCUGCUGAAUUCGCCAUGCAAGGACGAGAAGUUGGAGUAUCGGUAUGCCUGGACACUUGGUCCCGUUCCCUCUCGGCAGGACCUUCGUUCCGAGACCAAGUUUGAGCGCGGCGCCCAACCGACCAGCAUUUGA